AUGGAUUGGUCAGACAUUUAUGAAUCAGCCAAUGAAGAUAACAAUGCCCAUAUCUUUUCAUCUCUAACUCCACUCCCAUCUGUUGAAUGGAGUUUUGAAGAAAACAAGGUGCUUGAGAAUGCAAUUGCUGUUUAUGGGCUCGGGACUAAGGCUUUCUACUGCGAUCUUAACCAAACACUCCCGGGUAAAUCGAUUCAAGACAUUCGAAAGAAAUGUAUGGCCCUGGUCAGUGAUAAUGUGGUGCCAGAUCCAAUGAAUAAUAUUAUUCAUGAUCAUGAUCAAUCUGCAUAUAUUAUUAAUCCUAUGCCGGCCAUUACUAUUGAUAAUAAUCAAGGGGUUAUUAAUGAAAUAGCUGAUGAUCUAGUCGGGGUCCAAAGAACUGGAAAAGAGGUGAACCAUGAUGAUGAACUUCGCUGUCAAGCUGCCCCCGUUCAAAGGGGGGUCAAGAGGAGGGGAGUCCCAUGGACUCAAUUGGAACACCAGGUGUUUCUCAUGGGGCUGAACAAGUUUGGUAGAGGAGAUUGGAGGAGCAUUUCAAGGUAUACAAUUCUUAAGAAAUCGCCAUCCCAAGUUGCUAGUCAUGCUCAAAAGUACUUCCGCCGCAGAACCACCCCCACUCCACUCGAACGCCGUCGCUCCAGUAUCCAUGAUGUCCAGUACCCUCCCCUUCUUGUUCCUCGUAUGGGUGCCUAUAAUUACUUCUAUCAUCCACAAGCCAUUGACAACACAACUGCCAUGAUCAAUAAUAUGACUAUAACUGCCCCUACUUUCGAUCUGAACAAUGAUGCUGGUGCUGUUGUUGAUUCUGAUUCUGCCAUGUCCAUGAUGAACAUGGACGCCAUGAACAACUACUCGUCGUCUGGCGCCGAAAGCUCCUCUUCCGGCGCAGAAAGCUGGUCGUACUCCCCCUUUGGUGAUUCUUUGCCAAACUGA